UGAUGCAAACAAGUUUCAAAUUCAAAGGCUCUUUUGGCUAUUUCCACCAUUCUCUUUAUCACCUUUCUUUAAUAUUAUACAUUCACUUCAUGAAAGUUCAUUACUUCUAUUCACGUCUCAUGGUUUUAUUACAAACAAGACAAAAUAAAUCUUUAAAAAAACUUCACCUCAGCUCAAUUUCUUUUCUCUGCUAGGUUUUUCAAUCCCUUUAAUUGGUUUUUUAAGUAGUAAUUAAUUUAAUAUAGCUGCUUCUGGGUUCCCCAAAACCCAUCACACCCCCAAUCUCCCUCCCAUUGCCCCAACUUCAAUCCCCUCAUAUAUCCACCCUCACCAUGGAACACCCUUCACCGCCACCACCAGCUGUUCCACCACCACCGCCUCCGCCGCCUCCUAAAACCUACAAACUAACGGCUUCCUCCAUCUCUUACGCCAAACCAACCACCACCACCAAUAUUUUGUCACCCUAUGUUUUCUUCUUCAGCCCCUGCACUUCUACUCCACCCACGUGCAUCCUCCGCGACGUCUCUUUCACCGCUCACCCAUCUCAAAUCCUCGCCGUUGUCGGCCCCAGCGGUGCCGGCAAAUCCACCCUCCUCGACAUCUUGGCCGCCCGAACCUCCCCCACCAAUGGCUCCCUCCUCCUCAACUCCUCCCCCCUCAACCCCUCCGCCUACCGCAAGCUCUCCGCCCACGUCCCUCAACACGACGCCUGCCUCCCCCUACUCACAGUCUCCGAAACCUUCGCCUUCGCCGCCUGCCUCCUCCUCCCCAAAACCGCUGAAAUUGCCUCCACCGUGGCCUCUCUUCUCGCCGACCUCCGGUUGACCCACUUAGCGCACACGAAGCUCGCCCACGGCAUCUCCGGCGGCGAGCGCCGCCGCGUGUCCAUCGGCCUCAGCCUCCUCCAUGAUCCGGCGGUGCUCCUCCUUGACGAACCCACAUCGGGGCUCGACAGCUCUUCCGCCUUCAAUGUGAUGCAGACCCUUCAGUCCAUCGCCGCCGCGCGUUGCCGGACUGUGAUUUUGUCAAUUCACCAGCCUAGCUUCAAGAUCCUUUCUACCAUUGAUAGGAUUUUGCUGCUCUCGAAAGGAAGAGUCGUCCACCACGGAACGCUUUCUUCACUGCAAGCCUUCUUGCUCUCCAAUGGCUUCAAUGUCCCUUCGCAGCUCAAUUCCUUAGAGUACGCCAUGGAAAUACUGAACCAGCUUCCCGAAAUUGACAUUAGUAAGAAAUUACCCAUCACACCACCGUCGCCCCCUCCGGCAAUCCGCGAAUCCAACACCGCUAUUCGUGAAAGAAGAGAGAUUAUCAAGUACAGAAGCUCCAGAGCACACGAAAUCGUCGCGCUUUAUGGAAGAUUUUGGAAAAUUAUCUACAGAACUAAGCAGCUCCUUUUGACAAACACGUUGGAGGCAUUAAUUGUGGGUCUUGUUCUUGGCACAAUUUACAUCAAUAUCGGAUUCGACAAGCAGGGGAUCGAGAAGAGAUUAGGCCUUUUCGCCUUCACCCUCACUUUCCUCCUCUCCUCCACAACCGAAACGCUGCCAAUCUUCAUCAACGAGCGGCCAAUUCUUCUGAGAGAAACCUCAAGCGGGAUCUACAGGCUCUCCUCUUACCUAGUCGCAAACACACUCGUUUUCAUUCCGUACUUGCUCGCAAUCGCAAUUCUUUACUCUGUCUCGGUCUAUUUCUUGGUGGGUCUCUGUUGUUCGUGGCAAGCAUUUGGAUACUUCGUUUUGGUCAUAUGGGUAAUAGUCCUAAUGGCGAACUCCUUCGUUCUGUUCCUGAGCUCUCUGGCCCCGAACUACAUCUCCGGAACGUCGCUCACGACGGUGCUGCUCGCCGGAUUUUUCCUCUUCUCCGGGUACUUCAUCUCGGAGGAGAGCUUGCCCAAGUACUGGCUCUUCAUGCACUACUUGUCAAUGUACAAGUACGCGCUGGACGCUCUGCUCAUCAACGAAUACUCGUGCCUGGUGUCAAGGUGUUUGAUAUGGUUUGAAGAGAAUAAGACGUGUAUGGUCACAGGGCGGGACGUGCUGGAGAAGAGAGGCCUCCGCGAGGGGAACCGGUGGACUAACGUUUACGUGCUCAUUGGGUUCUUCGUGCUCUACCGCGUUCUCUGCUUGCUGGUUUUGAUCAGAAGGAUUUCCAGAUCAAAGAAAUGAUUGAAAAACGAUUACCCAUUUAGUCAUUUACCGAUACAUAUGCCCAACUGUUAAAUAACCCAUUUGAUUUUCUUCAGACGCAUUCAUUCACAUUCGUAACAUUUUGUUGGUGUUUUUGCGUUUGGGAAGAAGUUAUGCUUGUUGCUCUAAUAAGAUUUGCCUCCAUGAACUGAUCGAAUCUGGGUCGAUCAUGAAUCAUGAAUUCCAUUUUUACUCAUUGAUUUGAUAUUAUUUGCGUCCAGCAUUGCGACCAAAACAUUGUUUUUAAUUUGUUUUCUCACCUUUUCCUUCCCUAUUUUCUAGAAACAUCUUGUUCUAUUUUGUGCCAUCUUUAGUUCUUCACUCGCGUACCCUCUCCAUUGGCAAUAUAAUAUUAUUAUACGUAGUUUUGAUUCAUUGUGUAUAUAUAGAAUGGGGCCAAUCCUAAUUUAGGGGAUGAGUCACGGGUCUGUGUGGAAUGAUCCAAAAGCAAUGAGGAAGUCGAGGUGUCGUAUUCAUUAGAUACAGUUUGUCGGGAGGCGCUGUUGAUUUGUAUUGUAGGGUUGAAUAAUCCCAAGGGGUGCAUAGUCACGGGUUCAUCUUUUGGACGUGGCCCGUGACCUUAUUGGUGUGCUGUCCCUCUGCCUACCCAUUCUGAGUCAGCUCUCCCCGUUUUCAGUUUCCUUGUUAAUCCUCAUUGUUUGUUAUCCACAGGCCGCAGCAAGCCACUAAUUGGAGGCAUCCAAAGUACUAUUUAGUUCUUUAUUAAGGCCAGGUCGAUGUGCACUUUUAUCUUUUGGUGAUGCAUAAAUUAUAGCCUCUUAUCUCUCUACGAAUUCAUGCACUUAUUUUGCAGCAGGGGGCGGGGGGAUUCUUCAAGAGGGCUGGCAGCUUCAGAAAAGAUCCAGAUUUGGGGGCGAGACUUCUUGCAGAACCGAGACCUGCAACCUCAGCCGAGAGAGAGCUGUGCUCAGCCAUAGCCGCGAGGGUAUUCCUUUUCUUCACAGCAGCAAGAGUUCUUUCAGCUGCAGCGGGAGAGCGAGGGCCGCACGAGAGAAGGAGACGGCAGCGGGCGUCGGCGUUGGGGGGAUCUCCAACCUCCAGCAGAGGUUCACGCAAGGUAAGGGAAGGUAAUCUACAGAUCUAUUUCUUAGGAGGGUUUUCUUUUAUGGGAAUUAGAGAGAAGAAUAGGAAGAAGCCUAGGUUCAGGGGCUUUCUUGGAUCGUUUUUGACUGAUUUUUAGAGGAGAUGGGUAAGUCAAGAGUAAAUCUGUGUAUAUAUAUUUAUUUUCACUAAAUUUAAUAUAAUAUCUCCGAAGUUGAGUGUUUGAUCAA